AUGAACUUUGUCAAGGAAUACGGCGCCGACAUUCCCGCCCCGAGCGAUCAGGGAACCUCGCGGUCGGCUCGCCAGCUUGCUCCUUUCCUGCGCGAGGUGCAUGGCCCGAGGGGGCAGAACCCCUUCCGCCACGACCUCGCCGUCCUCGCGGGCUUCGCCGCCGGCCUGAACUCUAGCACUCUCGCGACCACCUCCAUCAUUACCUUGGCGGAGCAGGGCCCCUCGGCCCCAUGCGCGUGCGAUGCCAGCGCCCCGCCUCUGGGAGAUUCCGCGACUGCCUGGCUGCAGCCGGGCUCUGGGCGCAUGGCGGGGUCUGCGCGCGACGCCCCCCCGGCCACCGCUGCCCCCUGGCCCGACCCAGCCAGCAGCGACGUCUUGCUUUCGGCUCCCCGGGCAGACCGCAUCCCCUUGGUGACAGGGGGCCCCACGUGCAGGGAAUGGCUGGGCAACGUCGAUCUCGACCUGUUUGCGGAGCACAGGUACGCUGUUUACUCCAACAGCGUGAUCGAGGUCGCCGAGGGGGUCAAGACGCACGUUGUCGACAGCACCCUCAAGUGUGGCAAGGGCGGCGAGUUCGGCACGGCGCUCAACUUGGACAUCUUCAUCGUGGUGUGGACGAAGGUGAUACAGGAUGGGGCGUACCUCCAGAACAACUGGACCGUGAAGGCGGACCCAGACUCGGUCUUUUUCCCAGACAGGCUCCAGGCGAUACUGAGCAUCUACCAGGAGGAGGACAACGGAAUCUACAUGAACAAUUGUAAGUUCGGCCUUCACGGCCCGAUCGAGGUGUCCGCGCCCGCGCGCGUAACCAGCUUGGGCAAGGGCUACAAGCAGUGUCGGAGUCAUUUCGAGGCGAAGUGCAACGGGGACUGCAUGUGGGGUGAGGACUUGUUCGUGGACCAGUGCCUCUGGAAGGUCCUGGGCGCGAGGCGCGUGAGCGAUUUCCGCCUCAUCCUGGAGGACCACUGCGACCCGCCGGAGGACUGGCAGACGUGCAACGACCCCGUCGUGGCCGCCUUCCACCCCUUCAAGAACGUCAGCAGCUUCACCCAGUGCCUGCAAGCCGGCAGGGCGAACGCACCCCAAGCUCAUAGUGGAGGCACAAACCCACUGGGCGAUGACGAGGAGCCUGACGAGGGGUACUGUCCGAACGAUUGCCACAACGCUGUCGAGGGCGAGGACUGCUUCAAGGCCGUGCAGUGGGUGAUGCAGGUCGGAGUGAAGGACUACCCAGAGUGGUACGCGCCGCUCAGCAGGGACUCUACCGCGGAGCAGGUUCAGGCCCACCUGCACCUCAAGGUCGAGGCCUGCUGA